UCCAAAGCUCGUCAUCGAUAACUAUCUAUAAUAAUAAAUGUUUUGGUUUUUGAUUCAUUUAAUAUUAAAUGGUUUUUGGACUUUUAUCUUAGCUUUUUUUCAGUUACAUAAUAAUCUGCUUUGGACAAAAUUAGUAGCUAAAACUGACGUCGGCAAUGCCUGUUUUUCUUGAAGAUUUCAGUUUCUCAUUAAGUAGUGUUUACAUUUUUUUUUCCUUCUCUACUUAUCAAUAUUCUCAAGUUCAAAGCCUUCUUGCAGCAUCUUGGUUCUGAUUUCCGAUCGGUUUGUGCACAAAAAUCAAAUGGAUAGUUUUGAAUGGGAUAAUUUUACAGACACUUCCUCUUCAUGGAGAAAUCAGCAUCAGGAUAUUCAAGAAAACUUGAUAAUUUCCGAGUCGAAUGGUUGUCUUUCAAACUAUUUUUUAAGUCCAAUUCAACCGCUCCAAAAAAUUGAGAUGAUUCAGCAGUUGGGUUCUUCAAACUGGAAUAUGUCGACAAUGACUCCAAAAUCGACAAGCUGUGGAGUCGCCAUUAAUGGCCAUAUGAGUUCUUCCGCUGAAGUUAAUAGGCCUAAUUCUACAAUGAUUAAUCAACAAAAUUGCCUCAGUGCUGAAUUCGGCCUGGAAAAUCGACAAGUUUUUGGUGGUCUUCAAGAAAUCAAGGCUGGAAUUUCGAAUCCGGGCUCUCUAGAAUCCAUUGAUUGCUUGUUAUCAACAACCAACAGCAAACCAGACACAUCAGUUGAAGAUGAUGGGAUUUCCAUGCUUUUCUCUGAUAGCAAAGAUUUGUGGAAUCCAAAUUCAAGCGCCCUCAUCAAAUCGGACGGCACAUCUGCAUCCACUGUAAAACAUUACACCAAUAGAACAGUAUCACGAGCUUCGACUGAUGAAUAUGUCAUUCAAUCCAGUUUUUCAGGUGCUAAUAAUAAGCCUAAUCCCAACAAGAGAAGCAGAUCAGAAAGUCAACUAAUCAAACCAAAUGGAUUACAGUACCAAAAUCUUGAUUUUCAUCAGUCAAAUCAUUCGUCUAAUCCUCAGAAAUCUAAGAAGCCCAGAUCAGAUUAUUAUUCAAAUUCGUCAAACAUAAACUUCCAGCAGCCUACCUUAUCUGCAUCCUCCAUGGAUGAACCCGAUUCAGAAGCCAUCGCUCAAAUGAAAGAGAUGAUUUAUCAGGCUGCUGCCUUCAGGCCGGUGAAUUUUGGUGUUGAGGCGGUCGAGAAGCCCAAAAGAAAGAACGUAAAAAUAUCAACUGAUCCACAAACCGUCGCUGCAAGACAAAGGAGGGAAAGAAUAAGUGAAAGAAUUAGGGUUUUGCAGGGACUAGUCCCAGGAGGAAGCAAAAUGGACACUGCAUCAAUGCUUGAUGAAGCUGCAAAUUAUCUCAAGUUCCUAAGAUCACAAGUUAAAGCACUUGAAGGAUUAGGCCAGAAGAUUGACACUACUGUCAAUUUCUCUACAAUUACUAAUCCUGUUUUCUACACAUUCAACCCUCCAUUUGCCAUGCAAAAUCAGCUAUCUCUGCAGAACCCUAACCCAAUCUACCAAUCAAAAAGUUGAGAUUUUCUGAUUUUUUUUUUUCCUUCGUGAUCUAGAUAUCAUGUUCUGAUGUUAAUCAACCAUGUAUUUUUCCCAAAAUCUAAUCUUUGUAAUCAUAGUAAUCAUCAUUAACUCAUUAUGAUGUAACUUUGAAAAUCAUUAAUCUUUACUGCCUCAAA